AUGUCUUCACCCAUUCACAGUUACCUUUUCUCCCCUCCCCCUUCACCUCCUCGACGUGCUAUGGACUCGGAUCCCAAUCCGGGAUUCACGAGCAUCAAAUCAUUGCUUGUUCCUACCGAUUUCAUACCUCGAUCACCCCAUUUAGACGGAGGUUUGAAAACCAGAUCGCCUCGAACUCCUCAACAGAGUAAAUUUACCCUCGACAAUGUCUAUCCUUCUUCUUUCCCUUCCAGAUCGAAGAUCUUAGAUCCUGAAGCAACUCCGAUUGCCACUUACUCGACACCUACUACUCCCCGACGAAGAUCCUACGAGAAGACUGUGUCAUCUCCACCUUAUAUUCCAUCAAAUGUACCCUCAGCACCCAUCCCAAUUCCCUCAAGCUUACCUAAACCCCUGAUCAGACUGAUGUUCCUUGCUUCACUUCUAUUGUCCUCGAUAUUGCUCCUCGUUUUUGUACCCUCAGCCCGACUUCCCAGUCUUAGGGCUGCAGGUAUGUCGAGGAGACUCGCUCUUGACCCCAACGGGAAAGCUUUCAUCGAUGUGGAAGGGAUCACCAGCUGGUCAGAUGCUAGAGACAAGGACUACAGACCUCCACAGAUCAAAGCGCCUCAUAUGAUGAGACGGGUUCUGGAAGAGAAAGCUGCUCCUGCUCCUCAUCCCCGUGCUUCUCGACCCGCCUUGAUUCCCCGACCACUUCCCUCAUCGCAUGAACUCCUUGCCCUCCAAUCGUAUCUAUUGUCAUCGGCAUAUAAUGUCAUCCCCAGCCAUGUCGACCCAUCUGCACCCAUCGAUGCCAAUGCUGUCUUGGGUGUAGGUGUGCAUAAACUCGGUCCUUCUGGAGGUGAUUUGGAGCAAGCUUGGCUAGAUGAGCUCAAAGGUGAAAGAGAGGAUGAAGUAGUUGUAUGGUACGGUGGUAACGGUCGACCGAACCUCCCUCACGAUGUACUUGAUUUCCUGGCGUCUACCCAUGGCUCAUCCCGAAAACCCACCUUGAUCCCAUGUCAUGCUCGAUCUGAUCGACUCACCUUACUUUCCAUCCUUGAUCGAUUAUCUUUACCACUUCGAGAUCACCCUAUCAUCAUGAUCGGCAACAAGCCCAUCGUAGGUGAUCUGCGUAAUCUCGAAGAACUUCGUCUAUCCGGCGAACUAGAGUCUAUGCUUGCUGAAAUCGGCUGGAAGAAGGAAGAAAAAUCUGCUUGGAAACCUAAAUACGCUAAAGUGCAAAAAAGGACUCUUACCGAAGUAGAGGAAGCCUUGAAAGCUCAAGUUCAAGCGGCUUUCGAAGAAGAGCUCGAAGACGAUGUGUUAUAA